AUACUUACUCUCCUAAUUGCAAUUAGAGUCUCCACAAGCGCUGAAACAGUCGUGCAACAGCUGAAUGCAGAAUCGGUUUGCAAAAUGUGUACGAAGUUUCGAAUAAUUUAAUGAUAUUCUACUUUGGAUUUGAUUUUGGAUUGGAAUGUUACGGAAUGUGCUGUGCUUGGUGCUGGGCCUGAUUGUGGGCAUACAGCUGACGGAACUGUGGGAUUAUAUGACGCUUAUAAGUGAUGAAUAUGAGAGCACAGCGAUUGCAGCGGAUACAGCAGCGUCCACAGCGCUGGAUGGGCCAUCUCUAGCGGAUCGUCUUUACCAUGAGACACGUGUGCUUUGCCUGGUUCUGACGAUGCCAACGCAGCACAAGACAAAGGCCGCAAAGGUAAAGUCUACUUGGGGUGCUCGCUGCAACAAGCUGAUCUUUAUGAGCAGCCAAGAUGAUGACGCACUGGGCGCAGUGAAUCUCAAUGUGACGGAGCGACGUGAGAAUCUGUAUGCCAAGGUGCGUGCGGGUCUGGCCUACGCCUAUCAGCAUUAUAUGGAGGAUUACGACUGGUUUCUCAAGGCGGACGAUGACACUUAUGUGGUAAUGGAGAAUUUGAGACUGUUUCUCUAUCCGUACGAUCCGGAGGCGGCGGUCUUCUUUGGCCAUCGCUUUCGCACCAGUUAUCCACAUGGCUAUAUGUCUGGUGGUGCUGGCUAUGUCCUCAGUCGCGAUGCACUGCGUCGCUUGAAUCUGUUCGCCUUGAAUAACACAAAGUUUUGCCCACUUAACACUCAGGCGGAGGACAGACAAAUUGGACACUGUUUGCUGAAUGUGGGCGUGGUGGCAGGCGACUCAAGGGAUGAACUGGGUCGAGAGCGUUUUUUGCCCCUGAGUCCACGCCAUUUGAUGCCAAACAUCCAGUACGGAACUUGGCUGGAGAAAUACUAUUUCUUUAAGCCGAAUACUAACGAUUGCUGCUCCGAUUCGUUAAUAAGUUUUCAUUAUACCAAAAUGCAUGACUAUGAUAUGUAUGAGUUUUUUCUAUACCAUCUGCAAGUCGCUGAUCUACCAAAAACACUGAGUUCGCUGCCUCCACGCUUGAGCGAUGAACAGAUGAAGGAAAAGCUGAAAAUUUGGGAUGAACAAAUCUCUGACAAUGAAUAAAUAGAUUGCUAAUUCAAUGAGAAAGCUUUAAUAUGGUUUCCGAGCUCAAA